ACUGAUAGCUAUGUGGAUGGGAAUUUGGGAAGGGAAGACAUUUUUGUUUGUUUUGUUAUUAGAAAUGUCAGAUUGUAGAAAUUUGUGUAAAUCGUCAAAGCUACAUUUGAAUAAGCUACCAAGAUGUGAAAAUAUUAUUACGUAAACUUGGAAGUAUUUUACUGAAGAGACAUGAAUCCUUCUGAACAUCUGGCCACCAGUGGCGCUGUACCCAGCUCGGAAGUUGUUGUCCCUGUGUCGCAGGAUGGCCAGAGAGUUGCGGCGGCUGGUACAGAAAUGUGUCAGGGUACCACAGUGGCUCUCUCCAGUGUCGCCAAGUAUUGGGUCCUCACCAAUCUGUUCCCUGGGCCCAUACCUCAGGUGUCGGUGUACGGACUGCAGGCCUCACGGUUGGACAAGGACGGAGCCCCACAACCUUGCCUCACACCUGUCAAUGUGGGAGUAGAGACCAUGACUUUGAUACAGCAGCACCAAGCGCAGAUCCCGGUGAGUGCGGUGGGUGUGGGUGGUGUUACCACAUUGACUCUGCCUGCCCCACAGUUGGCAACAGUGGCUCUACCUUCCACUCCUGUCUCUGCUGCCCCCACUACCACCUCCCCCGGUACACUGCAGAUGCAAGAUAAGAGUUCCUGCGUUACGGAGCAGUGUGGGAACAACCAAGUCCACUGCCAGACGCUGACGCCUAGAGGCGAGACACCAGCUGCAGCAGCACCCCCACUUGCUGAUAAGCUGAUAGUGCCAGGCGGCCUUGGCUGUAGAAAGCAGUGGCGACUGAGGUCUCAGUAA